AUGCCUGGGUUAAUUGCCGUGAGUGAGUUUGUUGAGGAGACAAGGGAGGAUUAUAACUCACCAACCACCUCAACUUUUGUAUCACGGAUGCCACAAUGCAGACAAACCAUAACUGCACUUGAAGAAACCCUGGACUUUGAUCGUGAGGGUUUAACGAAGCUCAAGAAGGCGAUCAAAGCCAUCCACAAUUCCGGAAAUGCGCACGUGGACAAUGAAGUUUACUUGGGAAGAGCAUUGGAAAAAAUGGGAGAUGCUGCGCUUAAAGAACAAGAGCAUGAUAUUGGUGCAGCUUUCUUUAAAUUUGCCGUUGUUACAAAAGAACUCAGCGCAUUAAUGAAAACUCUUAUGCAGAAUAUAAAUAAUAUUGUAAUGUUUCCACUGGAUUCAGUGCUGAAGGGCGACCUGCGAGGCGUCAAGGGCGACUUGAAGAGGCCUUUUGAAAAAGCCUGGAAGGACUAUGAGGCCAAGUAUGCAAAAAUAGAAAAAGAAAAAAAACAACAUGCUAAAGAAGCCGGUCUUAUACGAUCAGAAGUAACACCAGCUGAGAUAGCUGAUGAAAUGGAAAAAGAACGUCGUUUAUUUCAAUUACAAAUGUGUGAAUAUUUAAUAAAAGUUAAUGAAAUAAAAACUAAAAAAGGGAUUGAAUUGUUGCAACAUCUUGUUGAGUACUAUCAUGCUCAAACAAAUUACUUUCAAGACGGCUUGAAGACUAUUGAACAUUUUGGAUCUUACAUUGCAGAUUUGAGUGUUAAAUUACAAAAGAUAAGACAAACACAAGAUGAGGAGCGAAGACGUUUAACUGAAUUAAGAAGUCUCUUGAGGAGUUCUGGUUGUGAUAAGGAAUUGAAUGCAAACGCCAGUGUUGGAUACUCGCUUCAUCAACUGCAGGGCGACAAACAGCAUGGAGUAACUCGUUCAGGCCAUCUGUUAAAAAAGAGCGAGGGUAAAAUGCGACGUGUUUGGCAAAAACGUCGUUGUGCUGUUCAAGCAGAAGGUUAUCUUGAUAUUUGUCAUGCUGAUGAAAACAAACCUCCUACAAGAGUUAAUUUAUUAACAUGUCAGAUAAAAUUGGUACCAGAUGAUAAACGUGGUUUUGAUCUCAUUAGUUACAAUAGAACAUAUCAUUUCCAAGCAGAAGAUGAAGCUGAUCAACGUGCAUGGAUGUCAGUACUUGUUAACUGUAAAGAGCGAGCAUUGCUGAAAGCAUUUGAUGCUAGUGGUAAAGCUGAAGCUGGUCAGGGUAAUCCGAGUCUUGUUGAACUUCAGCAAGCUAUUAUAAGAUGUGUAUUGCGAUUAGAUGGAAAUGAUAAAUGUUGUGACUGUUCAUCACAAAAUGAUGCAACGUGGUUGUCAACAAACUUUGGUAUAAUAGUAUGCAUCGAAUGCAGUGGUAUUCAUCGGGAUCUCGGUGUACAUAUAUCAAGGAUACAAUCGUUAACUUUAGACAAUGUUGGUACGUCACAAUUGUUACUAGCACGUUUUAUGACUAACCAAGCAUUCAAUGAAGUUAUGGAAGCAACUUUAAAUCAUCAUCAUAAACCAACUCCAACGUCCACAAUGGAAGAGAGAUACGAAUUUAUAAGGGCUAAAUAUGUCGAUAAAAAAUAUGUAUUGAGAACUUGUGAAGAUGAACGAGAUCUAUUGUCUGAUCUCGAGCAUGCUGUUAACAAUAAAGAUCUUCAGCAUUUACUCCAAGUUUAUGGUGAAAAGGUUGACCUGGCAGCUCCGUUACCUACUUCAGAUGUUGGAGAAACGGCGUUGCAUUUGGCAAUUUUACGAGAAAUAGGGGGUAAUUGCCUCCAUAUAGUUGAUUUUUUAAUACAAAAUAUGCCGGUGGGUAAUAUAGACAAAAUUACAAGUGAGGGUGAAACGGCACUACAUCUUUCUGCAAGGCACGAUCGAGCGGAAGCUAUGAAAUUGCUGUUGCGCGCUGGCGCAGAUCCAACGCUACGUAACAAACAAGAAAAGACUCCGUUGGAUAUUGCCCAGGAAAUGGGUCAUCCAACUUGCAAAGAAUUGCUAAGCAAUGCAUUGCAACGACAAAAAACAUUGUUUGAUAAUGUUAAUAUCGAUUGGAAUUUAUCACACGAUGAAGGCUCGACUGAUUUUUCUGAUGAUGAAACAAUAAUUGAAGACCGAAAUGGAUGUUUAACGCCUGAAAAGAAAUCACGAAGCAGACCACCUUCUUAUGCCGGUGGAGGUGGAUCUGGUCCAGGAGAUUCUCCGAUUACCCUUCGAAGUCGAAGUAGCACCUGUGACAGUCUUCAAAGUGGUUCCUCGCCAAAUUCUAUUACAAGUAGACAGCAAAUGCCACCACCACCGCCUCCACAAUCUAGAAAACCAGUCGUCAUUCCCAGUCCAAUGGGACCACCAGAGUACAGUCUAAAUAUUCAUGGGUCACUAAAAAAACGUGUAGCACCACCUCCACCACCUGGAAACGGCGGGACAAUGCUGACAGCUCAUUAUGGGACUUUACCAUCAUCAGCAAGUUUAGCGAGCUCUUCACACAGUAGAACAACCAGUGAGCCCAUUCUUGCGGGCAACGCAUUGCACAGUCUACCACAUUCACUAAACACACUGAAUAGUCUACAUCACAAAAGAUCACCCAGCAGUGACUCAUCAGUUAGCCACAGCAUGGAUAAAUCAAAUACGUCGACGUUACAAAGGCCAAGGAAUCCACCACCACCUGCACCUUCUGCCGGUAGCUCUGCAAGAUUAAGUAAUGGUCGUAGCAGUGAAUCCCUUAGUUCAAUGUGUUCUGAGCAUGGAAUAGGUAAUCCUAUACCUCCACCCCGGAAGCGAAGGGACCGAUCCAGACUUGAAAGCUACGCCGAGGAGCCCUCAUCUUUGCUCCCCAAUUUGAAUCUGCCAAUGACAUCAAGUUUAAAUGGAUUGCGACGAUGUCGAGCGCUCUAUGAUUGUGAUGCUGAUAACGAAGACGAACUUUCAUUCCGAGAGGGUGAAGUGAUAAUAGUCACCAAUGAGCAAACUGACGAUGACAAUUGGAUGGAAGGUGCGCUGGAGCGGGCACCCGAACGACGUGGAAUGUUCCCUAUAAGUUUUGUUCAUAUGCUUCAAGACUAA